AUGCGUCAACGAACCGCCAUCCUCCUGUCCCUGGGCGCGGGCGCGGGCGCGGCUUCACCGAGUUCGGGCUCGGAACAGUCAUGGACGUCGCCGCAAGAGACCGACGUGGCCUUCAUGGUCGAGCAGCAGUUGCGGAUGGGGUCAUCCCCCAAGCCUACGCCCCCGCCACAGCCCCGGGGCCAUCAUUUCGCCCGGAUGGACCUGAUGCCGCGCCUUGAAGGGUACACCUUGGAUCCGGGGACCUGUGGCUUUGUGCAGUUUAACGGAGUCACCUGCGUCUCCAGCACGGCGACGUGUGCUUCUCUUAGCGGCUACCUCGGAUGUUGUGAGCGCAACAAGGUGUGUUCGCGCAUUCAGACCGUCUGCAUCGACUACGUCGCUUCUCAAGCCGGCAAAUGUGACCUCCCGUACGAUUAUCACACCGUUUGCUGCAUGCUACACCUAUUUGAUGACAAGGCCUGGCUCUGGCACUUUCACGGCCCUUGCAUGCUCUACCUCCAGCGUACCGAAUCUCCGACCACUACCGUCGCCGCACAAACCAGGGCGGCGACUGAGACUGGCAAUGGAGCAGGCGGUGGCGGCGGCGGCGGCAGCCAGGCAAAUGUUGGAGCCAUCGCGGGAGGCGCCGUGGGGGGCGUCGCCGUUCUCGGCCUCCUCGGCGUGGUUGCCUUUCUGCUUCUCCGCCGCCGCCGCAGCCAUGCAAGUGGUUCCGAUACCCAACAGGCGUCCCCUCAAACGGCCAUGGCCCAGAGCCACCCCCAGAACCCUCCACAAUACCCGCACACCUACUCUCCGCCCGCACAGAAUUACGAUCCUCACAUGAGCGUUUACAGCCAGCAAGCGUACCCCCCGCAAGGCUGGAACAACCAAUAUCCCCAACAGCUCCAGGGACAAUAUCCCCCUCAACAGCCUGGCGGUUACCAACCAUACGGUGCCGCAUCGGGCUUUGCCGCGCCCUCAACGGCAUCGCCCCCACCGCCCUCGGUGCCUAGCCCGAAUACGAUCAAGGAGGGCGAAGAGGGUCCUCACGGAGUGACGCCACCGCCCGCGGCCCCUCACCACCAUCAGCCGAGCGAGCUGGCGGCCGUGGCCCCGCUGGGUUACGAGAACAACCGAGCGGAACUGAAUUGA